AAACUUGCUCUCAUCAUCAAUGGAAGAGUUAGAGAACCCAAUAGUGAUGGCAAAGGUCAUCACAUUCCUCUCUUCCCUGGUUCAAAGGGUGGCUGAAUCAAACGACAUCAAUUGUGAAUUCCAACCCAAGAAAAUCUCAGUCUUCCAUGGCCAAACCAGGCCCCCCAUAUCAAUACAGAGCUAUUUAGAGAGAAUUUUCAAGUACGCCGAUUGUAGCCCAUCUUGCUUAAUUGUUGCACAUGUUUAUCUGGAUCGGUUUUCUCAGAGGCAACCCGAUUUGCCUAUCAAUUCGUACAACGUUCACCGGUUGCUGAUUACUAGUGUCAUGGUGGCUGCAAAGUUCAUGGAUGACAUGUACUACAACAAUGCCUAUUAUGCAAAAGUUGGAGGCAUCAGCACAAUAGAGAUGAAUUUUCUUGAGGUGGAUUUCCUUUUUGGUUUGAACUUCAACUUAAAUGUGAACCCCUCAACCUUCACCACCUACUGUUCCUACCUCCAGAGAGAGAUCCUCUUACUGCAGCCUCCUCUAGAUUCUGCAGAUUCUUCUCUUAGUUUAGGCAAAUCGCUAAAGCUCCACUUGUGCUUUGAUGAGGGUGAAACCUCCCAUCAGCAACAGCAGCUAGCUGUUUAA